AUGGUACGCGGAAAUCAAAGGGAAAAGGAUCGGGAAAGAGCUGCAGCUCGUGCUGGUAAAGGCAAGAAGGGAGGCGAUGAUGGUUUGACUCCUGAGCAGCGCCGUGAAAGGGAUGCGAAAGCUCUGCAAGAGAAGACUGCAAAGAAAGCAGCAAAAGAGGCUGCCGGGGGUAGCAAUGCUGGAACUAAGGAUACCAAGAAAUAGAAAGCUAGGUGUUGUUACUUCCAUUGCAGUCAGUAAUUUGUCAUUCCCCUUUGUUUGUCAUGUUAUUCACUGUUUAAAUGUUGUGAUGCAAUAUAACUUAAUAUGUCUGGAUUGUCAAUCCAUCCGGUUUUGAAUUAUCUCAUCUUCCUUUUGAUAUGAUAAACUCCACCUCCAAAUCACCUGUGUUUCAGUUGUUGCAAUACUUAUGUCAAUUGUGCUGAUAGAGAGUUGUAAUACACCUUGUGCGUAGAAUUUAUGCAAUGGCAAAGGCAGGGUAAAUGUGAUAUCGAUGUCAUUAGUG